AUGGGUUUGUUAAGAUAUUACUUUUUAAUAAUUGGAUUAAUAGUUCAUAAUUUCAGAUCAUGUUUAACAUAUUUAAUUAACAAAAAGGUUAGUUUGAAUUUAAGGAACAAUAACAUAAGGGGGAGGAAAAGAAAUGUAUUAGUACGCUUUUCAGUGUGUCAAAAUGAAAAAGAAAUGAAAAUUGUAGUAUAUCCUCAUGGGAUUCUUCGGCAAAAAUGUGAAGAAGUAGUUUACUUUGAUGACAAUUUGAAAACCCUCGUAAGAAGCAUGUUUAACAUUAUGUACGAUAGCAAAGGCAUAGGACUGUCAGCUCCUCAAGUAAACAUCAACAAGCGAAUAAUAGUAUGGAAUGCAUUAUAUGAAAAACGAAGGGAGGAAAAUGAAAGAGUAUUUAUAAAUCCAAGCAUAGUUGAACAAAGCUUAAUAAAGACAAAAUCAACUGAGGCAUGUUUAUCCUUACCAAAUAUAGAGGGAAAAGUGGAACGGCCAAGUAUUGUUUCAGUUAGCUAUUAUGAUUUAAAUGGAAAUAAACAUUUAAAAAUUUUGAAAGGAAUACAUUCAAGAGUAUUCCAACAUGAGUAUGAUCAUCUCAAUGGGGUUUUAUUUAUUGAUAGACUAACUCAAUCUGAAAAGCAAAAGAUCAGAGCAAAAUUGAACGAACUUAUACGAGCAUACAAGGCCAAUUUCACGGAAGAACCAGCCAUUUAG